UAAUUUUUAUGUGAUUUUAUUUCCAUUAAUUUACAAUAGCUAAAAUUUGCGACAAAUGUUGGAAAUCUAUUUGUUACCAAACAAUGUAUCGUAUUUUUAUUUUAUCAUUUUUAUUAUACAAAUCUGAUAAUAUUCAUUGUGAUAAAUUCAUUGUGAUUGACAAUAUAGAAUUCAUUGUUCAAGUGAAAAAUAGCCUCUCUUUACCUGGCUGUGGACUUUCCGGCCAUUUCGAAAGAAUUGCAAAUGGCCAAAACAGUUUGGAUGGAUCAUAUCCAUUUGCAGCAAUGCUUUAUCGUUAUUCAAUACCAUUCGGUGGUGCUGUUAUCAUAAAUGAAAGAUGGCUUUUAUCUGCUGCACAUAAUUUUCGUGACUCGAAACAAUCAUCAAUCUAUUCGAUCGGUGUGGGUUCGAUCAAUAUCAAGCGUUUGAUUAUGAAGAAAAUUGAUAGAAUAAUUUUACAUGAAAAAUAUCAAGGUCGACAGAAAUACGAUUUGGCAUUGAUCAGACUAAAAGAACCUUUGCGAUUUGGCCAAACGAUUCGACCUAUUUGUCUUCCGGAUUAUUCAUUUGAAUCACUUAAUAAUUUAAAAAAAGGUCGUGCCAUUGGCUGGGGUUAUCGAAAUUUUACUAGUUAUAAAGUUUCACAGAUUUUACAAGAAGUAGACCUAGAUAUCAUUCCAUUGAAUGAAUGUCGCAGCAUUUAUUCUAAACUAAAACAAGAUAUAAUACAUUCACAGAUUUGUACAUAUACAAUGAAUAAAGAUGCCUGUAGUGGGGAUUCUGGUGGUCCAUUUUUUGCCUAUAGAAAUGAUCGAGCCAUUCUUUUCGGUAUCAUUGAUUUUGGUGUGACAUGUGCGGAUAAUUUUCCGGGCGUUAAUACGGCCGUCUCUCAUUUUCUUCAUUGGAUUAAUAGAAUUUUAAUAGAAAAUCAAUAA